UAAGUCAAGUGUAUUGAGUCUAUCCGCACCAGUGUUCGUAAGCACUCGCGGAGUAGAGCGAGGGAGCCAUUAACUGAGAAAGACAGGCGAAGAAGACGGAAGAAAGGAGAAGGAGAAGAAAUGAGGACGGUGACCAAUUAUCUCAUUCGAUCCACACCCAGAACAACCUCCGUUGCCAGAAAGGCUAUUUUGUACACGAAGCAUGUUGAUGCUUCUGGAAAUAUGAAGGAACAUUUGCUUGGUGCUCUUGCACUGUCCCGUUGGAGUAGUACAGGGGCAUCUCUGCAGAAUGAUGUUUCAGCUACUAAUUUGAAGAAUGAUAAAGUGUUUAAGGGGCAUUCUAUGUUGGCGCCAUUCACUGCAGGGUGGCAAACUACUGAUUUGCAUCCUCUAGUAAUAGAAAAAUCUGAGGGUUCCUAUGUCUAUGACAUAAAUGGGAAAAGGUAUCUUGAUUCACUUGCUGGUCUAUGGUGCACAGCUUUAGGCGGGAAUGAACCUCGUCUUGUCGCUGCUGCUAUUGCACAGUUGAAUACCCUGCCAUUUUACCACUCAUUUUGGAAUCGUACUACAAAACCCUCUUUGGAUCUUGCCAAGGAACUUCUUGAAACUUUCACUGCAAGCAAAAUGGCAAAGGUCUUUUUCACAAAUAGUGGUUCUGAAGCCAAUGACACUCAGGUGAAGUUGGUGUGGUAUUAUAACAAUGCACUUGGGAGGCCAAAUAAAAAAAAGUUCAUUGCUCGAGCAAAAGCGUAUCAUGGGUCAACUCUUAUAUCAGCUAGUCUUUCAGGUCUUACGCCGCUGCAUCAAAAAUUUGAUCUACCAGCUCCAUUCGUGUUGCACACUGACUGCCCUCACUAUUGGCGCUAUCAUCUUCCAGGUGAGACAGAGGAGGAUUUUUCGACUAGAUUAGCUAAGAACUUGGAGGAUCUCAUCCUCAAAGAAGGGCCAGAGACGAUUGCUGCAUUCAUUGCAGAGCCAGUUAUGGGAGCAGGAGGUGUGAUUCCUCCCCCUGCAACUUAUUUUGAGAAGAUACAGGCUGUACUGAAAAAGUAUGGCGUUCUAUUUAUUGCAGAUGAGGUUAUUUGUGCAUUUGGAAGGCUGGGGACAAUGUUUGGUUGUGAUAAAUACAAUAUCAAACCAGAUCUUGUGUCUGUGGCAAAGGCACUUUCUUCUGCAUAUAUGCCUAUUGGAGCCAUCCUUGUGAGCCCUGAAAUUUCAGAUGUCGUAUAUUCUCAAAGCAACAAACUCGGAACUUUCUCUCAUGGAUUUACUUAUUCUGGGCAUCCGGUGGCAUGUGCUGUUGCACUGGAAACUCUCAAGAUCUACAAGGAAAGAAAUAUUGUCGAGCAAGUCAACAGCAUUUCCCCAAGAUUUCAAGACGGUUUAAAAGCCUUUUCUAACAGCCCGAUUGUAGGGGAGAUUCGGGGAAUUGGCUUGAUUCUCGGGACUGAGUUCACAGAUAAUAAGUCACCUAAUGAUCCAUUUCCUUCUGAAUGGGGGAUAGGCCCAUUUUUUGGAGCGCAGUGCGAGAAGCAUGGGAUGUUAGUGCGUGUUUCUGGUGAUAAUAUAAUGAUGUCUCCUCCAUUUAUAAUCACACCAGAUGAAGUUGAUGAGUUGAUAAGCAUAUACGGAAAAGCAUUGAAAGCCACUGAAGAAAGGGUCCAAGAACUCAAGUCUCAAAAGAAGUAGCAUUGGCCAGCUGGGAUGGUAUUGCCAGAAAAUUUGUUGGCUCCAUUUCAUGUAAAUCCAAAUAAGGCCUUGAUCGUUUUCAUUGUGUGCUUUGACCCUUAAAAUGUAAACUGGUAAUUUACCCGCCAUAUUAUGGGUUUGAGUGAAAGAUCACUCAGACAACUACCAGACAUUACUCAGGCUUAAAUUUAUAUUUAUAUUUAUAUUGGGGAUU